CACGUGCAUACAAUGCGGCGACAGUUUCGUGGAGAUGCAUGAACUGGACGAGCAUCAGCUGACGCAUGCACGGGACAGCAUCAAGUGUCCGGAGUGCAACAGCUCGUUCCCGAGCCACGCGGCGCUCACCGCGCACUGUCACGCGGCGCACAAGGAGAACUACGACAUGAGCAACCCGCGCUUCCCGUGCCGCGAGUGCUCACGGACCUUCACUACUAGCGUGAAGAUGCUGGCGCACGCGCGCACGCACGAGACGGAGAAGCCGUACGUGUGCCCCUUCUGCCAGAAGGCCUUCCGCUUCCCGCAGUACCUGCAGAUCCACGUGCGCACGCACACGGGCGAGCGUCCCUACGUGUGCAACGUGUGCAACAUGGCGUUCCAGGCCAAGGCCAACCUCAACAGACAUCUUAAGGUGCACACCGGCGACAAGCCCUACAUGUGCGACCUAUGCGGCAAGUCGUUCACGCAGUCCAACUCGAUGAAGGUGCACGUCAAGACUGUCCACCUCAAGAUGCCGGACCCGUACCGCAGCCGCCGCAAGUUCUACCGCCGCGCGCGCCCCGACCGCGUCGACGAGUAGACAGCGAGACCAGUAAACAGUAGACAGACAGACAGACCGCAGCCGCCGCAAGUUCUACCGCCGCGCGCGCCCCGACCGCGUCGACGAGUAGACAGCGAGACCAGUAGACAGUAGACAGACAGACAGACCGCAGCCGCCGCAAGUUCUACCGCCGCGCGCGCCCCGACCGCGUCGACGAGUAGACAGCGAUACCAGUAGACAGUAGACAGACAGACAGUACCGCAGCCGCCGCAAGUUCUACCGCCGCGCGCGCCCCGACCGCGUCGACGAGCAGACAGCGAUACUAGUAGACAUGGAGACUAGUAGACAGGGAGACGGGUAGACACAUAGACAGACCGCUGCCGCUGCAAGGUCCGCCCCGACCGCGCUGAUAAGUAGACAAUCGGACUAGUAGACAGACAGACAGAAUAAUAGACACACAGACGAGUCGACAGAUAGACAUACAUAUACAGAACUAAUUUAGGGACGAAUGAUAGAAAUGAUUAUCAGCUGCAAUAUCGACGUAGAUAAACAUAUACUAUAUCGCGAUUCGCUAUAAAUGGAAUGAGUUUUUCGACGUCGAUAACGAACCCGUGUAGCGGCCGCAGCGAUGAGUAUACAUAAUAUAAGACAGGUAUAUAGUUACAACCAGAACGAUCGGUCGACAAGUUAUAUCACUGUCUGCCUGUCUAUAUGGA